CUGCUAGAACAAAAACAUAAAGAAGCUAAAGAAAAAAAAGAAAUAUUAAAGAAAAGAAAUACAGAAAGAGAUAUUGAAGGCCUUAUAGAGAAGGAAAUAUUAGACAAACAAACUAAAAAAUCAAGACUAAGAAUUCUGGCAUUAACCUUAAUAGAAGAGGAAAACUCCAUCAAAAUACAAAUUAAAAACUUACGAAGAAAAAUACUAAGAUAG